ACCAUACUUGGUUGACACCCGAGAACUGUUUUCUCACCACACUCUCUCUCCGUCACCACCCGGAGAGCUCUUUCUCAAGCAACGGUUUCACUACCGCUCAAUUCACCGCUCCAUAGCAACGGUUCCACUCUCUCUCAAGUUAAGGCUCUACUCUGAAGCUAGAGCUCAUUUUUCACCGUUUCAAGUCCCACCGGGUCGAUUGCAACCGGACCCACAAGCGAGGAUCCAUUGGUGGGCCUCAUGAAAGAUACCUCAUCUUCUGCAAGUGAGGAUCCAUUUGCAAGCUUUCAUUUUCUUCAACAAGGAAUUCCAGAAGGUUUUGUGGAGACCUGUGUGUACUAAAUGGAUACUGAACCUAGCAGCAGUAAUUCGAAGGCAAACACUAGCAAGGAUGAGGGGGGAAAAUCCUUGGAGAAAGAAGAAAUCUCAGAGUCAAUGGGGAAAUUACUUAUCGAGGAAACUCAAAAUUCCGGAGCAGGAAAUUUGUCGUCUAAUUUCAAGAGAAAACCAGUUGUUAUAAUUGUUGUGGGGAUGGCAGGGAGUGGGAAGACAACUCUCCUUCAUCGCUUGGUGCACCACACAAAAACUUCAAACAUUCGUGGAUAUGUUUUGAAUCUUGAUCCAGCUGUGUUAUCUCUCCCCUUUGGUGCAAAUAUUGACAUUAGAGACAGUGUGAAAUACAAAGAAGUGAUGAAAGAGUACAAUCUUGGUCCCAAUGGAGGGAUACUUACUUCACUGAAUUUAUUUUCUACCAUGUUCGGGGAGGUUAUUACAACAAUUGAAAGACGUGCGAAUGAACUUGAUUAUGUCCUUGUGGACACUCCAGGACAAAUUGAAAUAUUUACAUGGUCAGCUUCAGGACAAAUAAUUACAGAGGCUUUUGCUUCUACAUUUCCCACUGUGGUUGCAUAUGUGGUUGAUACUCCUCGUUCAGCAAGUCCAGUGACUUUUAUGAGCAACAUGUUAUAUGCUUGUAGUAUUCUCUACAAGACAAGAUUACCUAUGGUAUUAGCUUUUAACAAAGUUGACGUGGCACAGCAUCAGUUUGCUUUAGAGUGGAUGGAAGAUUUUGAGGCAUUUCAAGCUGCCAUUGAGUCUGACCAAUCUUACACCUCCACCCUCACAAGAAGCCUUGCCCUUGUCCUUGAUGAGUUCUACAAGAAUCUUCGGUCAGUUGGAAUUUCAGCAGUCUCUGGGGCUGGGGUUCAAUCUUUCUUCUCUGCCAUUGAGCAAAGCGCAGAGGAGUUCAUGGACACCUACAAGGCUGAUCUAGACAAGAGAAGGGCAGAGAAAGAUCGGUUAGAAGAAGAGCGAAGACGAGAAAACAUGGAGAAAUUACGAAAGGAUAUGGAGAAAACACGAGGCGAGACAGUGGUUUUGAGCACAGGCCUGAAGAAUGGUGUAGGCAGUAGGGGUGCAAUGGAUGUGGAUGAAGAGAAAGAGGACGAGGAAGAAGAAGAUGAAGAUUUUGAGAGGUUCUCAAUGGAAGAAGAGGAAGACGAAGACAAUGGUGAUGACAGCGAUGAUGAAGAGGUUGCUAAGUUCUCUUUCUGAGAACAUGAAAAGUCAAGUGAAAAAAAAGUUACCACAGAAAGGAUAGGAUUAUGAAAAGAAAGGAAAAGAAAAGGGAAACAACAAAAACAUACAAUCCCUAAUGUUUACUUGAAUCUUUUCCCGUGAUGGGAAAGGUCUUAAAUAGCAUACUGUUUUGAGGGAUUACGGGUGUGGGCUUAAAAACUUCAGAGUAUCGCUAUUUGACAGUUUGCCCUCUUGGUUCCAAAGUUUCGGCAUCCAUAGCGUCGAAUAUCACUAAUCUGGACUUUGUUAUGAUGUAAACAUUUGGAAAACGUAUGUUGUGUUACAAUCAAUUUUAGUUGUUAUCUUUCAACAUGAACAAAUCAAUGGAAAUAUGAUUGUGACAUUUUUGGCU